AUUCAGUCGCAUGUUUUUCUUGAGCGCGUACAUUUCUGGAAUUUUUCCACCACCAUGCCGUUGCGUGCGCACAUGAAUGCCGCGGCGUUUCCGCUGCAACACGAGAGCACCAUCACUUUUUCCGAUCACGACGAGGAGCCGACGGCCGCUCGCGAAGAUGUUUUCUCCGGACCGGCAUGGAACCACCAGAAAUCUUUCUAUACCGACCGCCCCCGGGUGCCGGUGACCCCGUCACACGCGCCCCGCCCCUUCACCUACACCCCGCCCAAUUUCCGGCCCAGCCUCCCCAAACCGGCGUCCGCCCCGCUGGAAGUCCCACCGGAAGUCCCGAAACCACCGGAAGUGCGUCCGCUUCCGUCGGUAACGCGUGGGCGGUCGGCGCAGCGCCCGGAGAUGUCGCUGGGCGAGACGAUCGAGGUGUAUGUGGACGAUAAAUUCUACACGACCCACAAUAUCCACUACGGCCCGGCGGUCAUCCGUAUCGGGGAGGAGGGGACGGCCGCGUCCCGGGAGGAUGGCUUUUACCGGCCGGCGUCAUCCGCCAGUGUCGGCAGUUCCGCGGUGGAGAUUGACGGGGGAUGGGAGCGCAGUUCCAGUGCGUGGGAGGGUUCCCGGGAGUCCGGGAGGGGGUCGACGGGACGCGGGAGCUAUCCCGAGAGCCGGGCGUCGGGAGCGUCAAUUAUCACCAUUUAAACGCGGCGCAUCCGGUUCCAUCUCGUUUCCGGUUCAAUCUCCACGCCGGGAAUUUUUUUCGGGAUAGUGGUUACUACUUCCGGUAAUUUGUUGAUCCUUUUUGGAUAAUGUUCAUGGGAAAUAUUUUCGCUUUAAUUACAUCUUGAAUGUUUUUCGUACAUUACGGUAAAAAUAUUGUAUAAUUAUUAAAGCGCGCAACACUG